UACGCGCUGCUGCGAAUGACGCUCGAAGCGGGGGGCGCCGCGUUCAUCAAGUGGGGGCAGUGGGCGUCCACCAGGUACGACGUGUUCCCGGCGCAGCUGUGCAAAGAGCUCGAGCUGCUGCAGUGCGGGGCGCCGGAGCACAGCUGGCGCCGGACGAAGGAGAUUCUCGAGAGGGCGUACGGCGAAACGCAGCUCGACGAGAUUUUCGCGUGGAUGGAUAAAACGCCAAUCGCAUCCGGAAGCAUCGCGCAGAUUCAUCGCGCGAAGCUGCGAAACGGCCCCCUGGGCGAACGACCGGACGACGUGAACGACGAGGGUCGGUACGUCGCGGUGAAGGUUCGACACCCGGGUGUGGUGGAGGCGCUGCGAAGGGACUUUGCCAUCCUCGCGUGGAUCGCGAGGGCGACGAGGAACGUGGAGGUGCUGAAGCCGUUUCAGCUCGAGCACACCGUGCAGCAGUUCGGCGUGCACAUGCUCCAGCAAGUUGACCUCACCACGGAGGCUUCCAACUUGCAAAAGUUUGAAAAGGCGUUUUCGCUGUGGGGCGACGUGUCGUUCCCGGUGCCCGUCGGAGGUUUGGCCACCGAGGAGGUCCUCGUCGAGACGUUCGAGGACGGCGCGGCGAACGCGGCGGCGGAGGCGGCGGCGGAGAUGGUCCCGGUGGAGAACCGCGCUUUGGCCGCCAUCGGCGUCAAGACGUUGCUCAAGAUGCUCAUCGACGACAACUUUCUCCACGCGGAUCUUCACCCGGGGAACAUCCUCGUCAGACUUCCGGAGAAGAACGACGGGCGCGGAAAGACGAAGAUACCGUCCAAGCCCGAGAUUGUCAUCCUCGACACCGGGUUGGCCACCGAGCUCACCCCCGCGCACCAAGCCUCGCUCGCGGAGUUUUUCCAGGCGAUAAUCAACUGGGACGGCGCCGGCGUCGCGAGGAACAUAAUCGCCUUCUCCUCGAACCUUCAGCCCUCGUUCGACCCCGAGUCUUUCACGUCGGAUGUCACGACGGCGGUGCGACACUUCCAGGAUAGCACGCCCCGCGCGGGCGACUGCAUGGCGGCCAUCUUCGAGACGGUGCAGCGUCAUCACGUGACGCUCGAUCCCAACGUCAUGGUCGCGGUGGUCACCGUCAUGGUCCUGGAGGGUUGGCAGUUUCGGCUCGAUCCGUCGAUCAACAUCCUG